CAGCAGGAAGUAGCUGUUAGAAACAAAUCGAUUCUGGAGGUUCACGAGACUUUAAACCACAUUUGAAGAUGAGACUGAUGAGUCACACGUGCCUGAAGGAUAUGUAUUAAUGUUUUAAUUCCCUGAGGCCCGCCUUAGGCAGAGUUCUCGUCCACACGUCAUUCAGGUGAGGCGUGCUGGAAGUAUGCAGCCCAUGUACAGAAGAGAUGCUGGAGUCUGGCACCAAACAAGAAGUCUUCUCUACAAGAACCUGCUCAUCAAGUGGAGGACCAAACAGCAGAGUCUUCAGGAAUUGAUUUUACCUUUACUACUCUUGGGGCUGCUGAUAUUCAUCAGUAUCCUCAACCCUCACGUUUACUAUGGAGGCAUCAGCACCAUGGAGCUGGAGCGGGAGGACCACUUCUUCAAGGGCCUGGGCUACACACCAAUCACCAACAUCACAACCCACAUCAUGGAGGAGGUGGCCCAUCAGAUGCUCUUGCAGAAUAAUCUGGAGAUGUUUGCUAGCGAGGAGGACCUGGAGAACGCCAGCCUGUACGAGCCUUCCAGCUACGUUGGUGUGGUGUUCAUGGACAGCUCGGCCACAUCUUACAGACUGCGCUUCCCGUACAACCAGCUGCCUCUGCCCAGCGACUACACAGAAUCUAUUGCAAACUGUUUCACCAGCUCCGUGAACUGCAGAGCAGCUAAUUACUGGUACUCGGGCUUCAUCCGCCUCCAGUCUCUGAUCGAUGCAGCCAUCAUCCAGAUGCAGACGAAGCGGGCCGUGCGGAGUGAGAUGGACCUGAAUGUGGUCAUGAUGGGGCAACCGGGUUCUGUGGAGGUGCAGAAGUUCCCCCACGCCCUCAUCUCCAUAUACCUGGUCCUGGCCUUCACACCCUUCGUCACCUUCCUCAUCGUCAAUGUGGCAGCUGAGAAGGAGCAACGGCUCAAAGACACCAUGACCAUGAUGGGACUCUACAACACAGCCUUCUGGCUGUCAUGGGGCCUCCUGUACGCUGCUCUGGUGACCACGAUGGCCUUCCUGAUGUCCAUCAUCGCUACGUACACGGCGCUGUUCCCUAACAGUGACUUCUUAGUUGUUUUCGGCCUCAUCUUCCUCUAUGGAAUAUCCUCUAUCUUUUUCUCCUUCAUGCUGACUCCAUUAUUUAAGAAGCCUAAGUUUGCCAGCACAGUGGGCUCCAUGCUGACGGUGGUGUUCGGCUGCCUGUCGCUCUUCACCGUGCUGAUGAGUGACUUCCCUCAGCCACUGGUGUGGCUCUUCUGCCUGCUCUCCCCCAGCGCCUUUUCAAUUGGCAUCGCACAGGUGGUUUACCUGGAGGCUCAGGGAGACGGAGCUGUGUUUGGGUCCUUGACCAACGGGCCUCAUCCUCUGUACGUGCCUCUGAUCAUGCUGGUUCUGGACUGCGUCCUCUAUCUUCUGCUGGCUGUUUACCUGGACCAGGUUCUGCCUGGUGAGUAUGGAAUGAGGAGGUCCCUGUUGUACUUCCUGAAACCGUCCUAUUGGUCCAAACGCACAAAGCGCUACGUUGAGGUGAGCUCGGUUUACGACGCGGAGGUGAACGGCGCUCCUGGUGUGGACGAGUCGGUCGAGCCCAUUUCACCUGAGUUCAGAGGGAAAGAAGCCAUUCGAAUCAAUAAUAUCCAUAAAGUGUAUAAAGAGAAGGACAACGUGGUGGAGGCCCUGAGAGGUUUGACCUUUGACAUCUAUGAGGGCCAGAUCACGGCUCUGCUGGGACACAGCGGGGCUGGAAAGUCCACUCUCAUGAACAUCCUGUGUGGUAUCUGCCCCCCCACCGAUGGCUCGGCCACCAUCUACGGCUCGCCGGUCGCAGAGAUCGCCGAUGGGUCCGAGAUGAAGCAGCUGGUGGGAAUCUGCCCCCAGUUCAACAUCAUCUUCGACGUUCUGACGGUGGAGGAGCACCUCCGGAUAUUCGCCGCCAUCAAAGGGAUCCGACCUGCAGACAUUGACGCAGAGGUUAACAAAGUCCUGAAGGAUCUGGACUUGGAGAAGAUCAUGACUGCUCAGGCCAAGAAUCUGAGUGGAGGCCAAAAGAGGAAGAUGUCUGUGGGCAUCGCCAUCCUCGGAGAUCCCAAGAUCCUGCUCCUGGAUGAGCCCACAGCCGGCAUGGACCCGUGCUCCAGACACCAGGUGUGGUCGCUGCUGAAGAACCGGCGAGCUGGCAGAGUCACGGUCCUGAGCACUCACUACAUGGACGAGGCAGACAUUCUCGCUGAUCGCAAAGCUGUGAUCUCUCAGGGUCAACUGAAGUGUGUGGGCUCCUCCAUGUAUCUCAAGAUCAAGUGUGGUGUUGGAUAUCAUCUCAGGAUGUCGGUCAACGAGGGAUGUGAAGCUGAAAACAUCACGUCAUUGGUCAAGCAGAACGUUCCCAAGGCGAAGUUGUCCCAGCAGCAUGAGGCAGAGUUGACCUUCACGCUUCCCUUUGAGAGCAUGGACACGUUUUCAGGUUUGUUUUCUGAGCUCGACUCUCGACCCAAACUGGGAAUCAUCAACUAUGGGGUUUCCAUGACCACACUGGAGGAUGUUUUCCUUCGUCUGGAGGCGGAGUCUGAAGUGGACCAAGCUGAUUACAGUGUGUUCAAUCGGGAGCCGGCCGAGGACGACUGUGACACCAGCGCCUCCGUGGACGACACCGACCAGCGGCUGCUCACGUUCCCGGACAACAAGGCGGACGUGGUGUCGGGUCACGCUCUGUGGCGGCAGCAGUUCAGCACCGUGGCCUGGCUGCACAUGCUCAACAUGCACAGAGAGAGGAAGGCCUUCAUUUACACUCUGGCCUUGUUCCUGGUGUAUGUUGCUGCCCUGCUGGUCCUGUCUCUGUUCACCGGGAACAUCCAGGUUCACUCAUCAGAUCGUCAGUUUCUUCCCAUUUACCUCGUGAAGAAGGACCAGGUGCCUGGGAGAUACACCACCAGCCUCCUGGUUCAGAACUCCUCUGACUCUGAUAUUUCGGACUUCGUCCACAACCUUGAGUCUCAGAACAUAAAAGUGGAAAUGAUGAAACACAGUGACUACAUGUCCGCAGCGCCCCACAGCGCCGCCAUCAACGUGACGGGAUCCAGCAAGGGGUUCAGAUACAGCGUUGCGUUCAACAGCACCACAGUCCACUCCCUGCCCAUGGCCGUCAACGUGCUGAGCAACGCACUCCUCCGAGGCCUGAAUGGAACCGGACCCAUCCGAACCUGGACCAAGCCGUUUGAUUACCAAAUCCCUGAUGCCGCGUCCUACGCUCUGGUGUACAUUGAGGCCAUCAUACUGGGAAUGCUGGCAGCUGGAAUGCCUGCCUAUUUCGCAAUGGACCACACUCGAGACCGAGAGAUCAAGUGUCGCUCAACUCUGAGAAUCUCUGGUCUGGUCCCAUCGGCGUACUGGUGCGGCCAGGCAGCGGUGGACAUCCCCUUCUACUACCUGAUCCUGUCCUCCAUGAGCAUCAUCCUUUUCUCCUUCCACACCGGAAGCCUGCUCACCUCCAGCAACCUCACCGCUGUGGUCCUGUGUAUCGUUGGCUUCGGUCCGGCCAUGAUCCUCGUCACCUAUGUGUUUUCUUUUGGCUUCGCCCGGGUCCAGAGCAACAGGGAUUUCUUCUCCGUCAUCUCCAUGAUGGUGUGUGUUGUGUCAGCCUCGUUGGUUCAGUUGUCGUUUGUGAAUGACAACCUGGGACUGACCAGAAACCUGCACAACAUCCUGUGCUUCCUCAACCCUCUGUACCCUCUCAUGGGCUGCCUCAACUGCAUCACCAAGUCGACGUUCCUUCCUCUUCUCUACGAGAAGAACUUCUUGUGGAAGAACCUGCUCAUUGCCGUUAUAGCUCCUUAUCUCCACAUCAUCCUGCUGCUUUUCGUGCUGCGCUGGCUGGAGAUCCGUCACGGAGGCAGGACCAUGAAGAACGAUCAGUACUGCAGGAUCUCGUCCAAGUCAAAGCCCAAAGUGGAGAAGAACCCAGAAGAAGGUCAGAACGAGGACGAGGACGUUCAGAUGGAGAAGGCCCGAGUGAAGGAGGCUCUCACCUGUCAGUCCUGUGAGGAGAAACCAGCUGUGGUGGUGAGUAACCUGAGGAAACAGUACAAAGGCAGAAGAGAAGGCUUCUCCCUCAACAAGUCCAGGAAGCUGGCCACGAAGAACGUUUCCUUCUGCGUUCGAAAAGGGGAGGUUCUGGGACUGCUGGGCCCCAACGGAUCAGGAAAGAGCACCAUCAUGCACAUGUUGGCCGGGGACACCGACCCAACCGCCGGCCAGGUGCUGAUGGGGGACUACAGCACUGAGUUCCGUCCCGUGGACAAUCCUCUGGAGCACGUGGGCUACUGUCCCCAGGUGAACCCUCUGUGGCCCCGGGUCACUCUGCAGGAGCACCUGGAGAUCUACGCCGCCGUCAAGGGCCUGAGAGGACAGGAUGUGCCGGGGAUCAUCAACCGUGUGGUGAACGCUCUGGAACUGAAGGACCACGUGAACAAACAAGCCAAGAGCCUGUCAGCAGGACUCAAGAGGAAGUUGUGCUUUGCUUUGAGCAUGAUCGGGAAUCCUCAGAUCGUGUUACUGGAUGAGCCGUCGGCCGGGAUGGACCCCAAGUCCAAACAGCGCAUGUGGAGAGCGAUCCGAGCUGCGUUCAAGAACCGGCAGCGAGGAGCCGUGCUCACCACACACUACAUGGAGGAGGCGGAGGCCGUGUGCGACCGCGUGGCCAUCAUGGUGUCAGGGCAGCUGAGAUGCAUCGGCUCCAUCCAACAUCUGAAAGGGAAAUACGGUCGAGGUUACAGUUUGGAGGUGAAGCUCCGGGAGGAGCUGACGGGGCUCCAGCAGGUGGCGCUGCUGCACAAAGAGAUUCUCCGGAUCUUCCCUCACGCCGCCCGACAGGAGAGCUUUGCUACUCUGAUGGUUUAUAAGAUCCCCACAGAGGACGUCACGUCACUGGCCAAGUCUUUCUCCCAGUUAGAGAGCGCAAAGCAAAUGUUCAACUUUGAGGAAUACAACUUCUCCCAGUCGACCUUAGAGCAGGUGUUUAUGGAGUUUGCCAAGGAGCAGGAGAACGAGGAGGAGGAGGUGGGCUCGCUCUCCACCACCUUCCAGUGGCAGCGUCUCCGUCAGGACGUCUCAGCCAAUCACACGGACAGCAUCGUGCACCAGCUGUGAGCCGGCUGCUGACCAGGACUCACGACCCCGUCCUGCCUCGGGCCUCAGAGCCUCACGCCCCCCCGCCCCGAUGGAAGGGGACAGAGCUGGUGGGGGCUCGGCACCGGGGCUGUGUGUGUCUUUGAGCUCUGGGCUGUCACGGCUUCUUCCUGUGGGUCUGAGGUGAGCAUGUGUGUAACCCUCGUCCACUGGUUUCCUGAGUCGCACUGACCGAGGGGCGGGGGGGGGUUCUUCCUCGACACGCCGACCUGACACCUCCUCCUCCUCCUCCUCCUGGCGGGGUUUUUAUCUUCACAGGGAGUCAGUCAAUGGAAAAAUAUCUAUAUAAUAUAUGAAUAUGCUUUGUAACCCUCUCCGUCCGGUCUCGUCUGUCGGAGGCGUUGCGGUGAGUGUGUGUCUCCUCAGAUGUUUUGUGUGUUGUGUUUGUGAAACAGUUCUGAAGCACUAACAGGGAUCCUUCCACAAUUGUACCAAAGCAGCACUUGUCUGAACCACACACUCUUCACACCUCGCACACACACACUGAGAAGUGCUUUGGUUGUUUAGUGUCGGUAGCAUGUGCGUUACUAGUUUGAUAUGAUGUGGGUCAGUGAAUUGAAGGAGUUGAAACACUGGAGAGGAGUCGCUCGUCCUGCAGAGUCCAGAGAGAACGAGUCACAACACGUUUUCAUUUCCGAGGCUGAAGAUCUGAUUCUCUUGUUGAGGGGCGGAGCUUGUUGAAACGUUGUUCGUCUCUCGGCAGGUUUUUAGAGGAUUUUUUGAUAAAACAGAUUUUGAAUGUACGUGAUGGGGGGGGGGGGGGGGGUUGUUGUCACUGGGCUCUUUGGAGCUGCUGUUUCACUUUGAAUCAGGCAGCAGUGUAUUAACUAUCUAGCCUGUUCUGUGUGUAUGAGUGUGUGUUUUCUGUUUUGUGUCUUUACUGUGUGUAGCUGCAGAGUCUUAGUCUUUAUACAAGCUGGUUAGGGUUAGCAAACCCAUGAAUUGUAAUUUUCUGAUGGCGAGAGGACGACGAGGUGACGGGAAUCUUAGACACUUUUAUUUUGAAGCAUCAGUUCGGUGACUCAGCACUUUGAGGUCUGUUGCGAUGAUCGGUUCAAAGUAAAGUUUGAGAACUCGAGACGCUCAAGCUUUUAUUUUAAUGUCAAGUGAACGAUUUCUAUUUGAUUUAUGGAUAUUUUUUAAAACAUGGGACUUGAGUUUAUUCUCCGUCAGGUGUCGGACUCAGAUUCGACUUCUGAAGGUUUUUCAACGUGUCAGGAAGUUCGUCUCACAGGCUUUUAUCUGAUGAGUCAUCAUUUACCAGGGGGUGAUGAUUGUUAUUAUUAAUAUGACACACUAUGAACAUACUACAGUCUACAGACACACCACAGACACACUAUGAACAUACUACAUUCUACAGACACACCACAGACACACUACAGAAAUCCUACAUUAACUAAAGACCAAGUAAAGCGUUGAUAUUUGCAGUUGUGUGUAAUUUGUCCAUUUUAAAUGUGAGACUUUAUUUGACGUGUUUACUUUUUGCACAUUAAAAAGGGUUGAAGUGAAACACUGGCCUCACAUAUAUUUACACACAAACAUAUGUUUAAUCUUUGUUCUCUCCAUGAAGAAUCAUGUUGUCAUAUUAAACAUUCAUGUGAAUGUUGUGUGGAUCAGUUUCAGUCUCAUGUCUCCAUCUAAAGAAGAAACUCAACUAAAGCUUCACACUUCAUUCAGAUUACUAAACUCUCUGCGGCGCUGGAGGUGGAGCCGGUUACGUGGUUUUUUUUCCUGGUGUUGGUUGUGUUGAACUAUUUCUGGGAAAUUUUAUAACCGUUCUUUCUAUUAUGCAAUCUUUGUAAGAUGAUGUGUGCACUGAUUUUAUUUUUGAAAUACUGUGAUUGAGCUGUGUGCUGUGUUUCCCUCACGUCUGAAGGGACACUCGUCAUUAUUGUAUUUGACCUUUUCAUGAAUAAAUGUUGAUCCAGA